GAGUGUGGAGGAGACGUGUACACACCACAGCCACUCCACACGAGCAAGUCAGGAGAAGAGUUUGCAAGGAGACAAUAAAAGCAAGAAGAGCUUAUUUUUAUUUUUUUUUUUUCCUGGGAAGAGGAUACCAAACUGAAAAACAAAAACGAGACAACCCCAAAACAAAACAGGAUUUGCCUUGCUAAACUCCCAAGAGGAAAUUAGAUUUGUUUUACUUAGACUCACUGAAAAUUCCAACAUUUUUAUUUUAGCAGGACUCCUUAGGGUUUGGACAGCAAGAAAUAAGUCAGGUGUGGAUGAUGGCGACUAUGUCAGGCAGAGGGAUGUUUUUUGGCAUGACCAAGCUGGAGCGAUGCAUGUGGGGCGUGAUGCUGUGCGCCCUACUGACGGGCAGCGCCGGUGCCUGCCCUGCCCUGUGUACCUGCAGCGGAACCACAGUCGACUGCCACGGACUGGGGCUGCGGACCAUGCCCAGGAAUAUCCCGCGCAACACGGAAAGGCUGGAGCUGAAUGGUAACAAUCUCACACGCAUCACCAAGAGUGACUUCGCUGGGCUCAAAUACAUCCGAGUUCUGCAGCUGAUGGAGAAUCAGAUUACUGUGAUCGAGCGUGGGGCUUUUGAUGACAUGAAGGAGCUUGAGAGACUGCGCCUGAACCGUAAUCAACUGCAGCAGCUUCCCGAGUUGCUCUUUCAGAAGAACCCCGGCCUGUCUCGAUUAGAUCUCAGCGAGAACCUCAUCCAGUCCAUUCCAAGAAAAUCUUUCAGAGGCGCUACAGACAUAAAAAACCUUCAGUUGGAUAAAAACCACAUCAGCUGCGUUGAGGACGGCGCCUUCAGAGCUUUGCGAGGCUUGGAAGUUCUAACCCUGAACAACAACAACAUCAGCAGCAUCCCGGUUUCCAGCUUCAACCACAUGCCCAAACUGCGAACCUUCCGUCUCCACUCCAACAAUCUCAACUGUGACUGUCAUCUGGCCUGGUUGGCCCAGUGGCUCCGACAGCGGCCCACCAUUGGUCUGUUCACUCAGUGCACGGCCCCGCCCGAGCUCAAAGGUCUCAAUGUGGCCGAGGUUCAGAAACACGAAUUCAGCUGCUCGGGUCACCAGGAUUCCUCCAGUCCACAGCCGUGCAACAUGGGCGGGGGUUCUUGUCCCGCUAUGUGUACCUGCAGCAACAACAUCGUGGACUGCAGAGGGAAAGGUCUGACUGACAUCCCAGCCAACCUGCCGGACAGCAUGGCUGAAAUACGUCUGGAGCAGAAUGGGAUUAAGGAAGUUCCUGCAGGAGCCUUCUCUCCCUACAAGAAACUACGCAGGAUAGACCUGAGCAACAACCAGAUCUCGGAGUUAGCUCCUGACGCCUUCCAGGGUCUGCGCUCCCUCAACUCGCUCGUGCUGUAUGGAAAUAAGAUCACCGACCUGCCUAAGGGCGUCUUUGAUGGCCUCUAUGCCCUGCAACUCCUUUUGCUGAACGCCAACAAGAUUCACUGCGUCCGUGCCGACACCUUCCAGGACCUGCAGAACCUCUCGCUGCUGUCGCUGUACGACAACAAGAUCCAAACCCUGGCCAAGGGCACCUUCGCUUCACUGCGGGCCAUACAGACGCUUCACCUGGCUCAGAAUCCGUUCAUUUGCGACUGCAACUUGAAGUGGUUGGCCGACUACCUGCGCUCCAACCCCAUCGAGACCAGCGGCGCCCGCUGCGCGAGCCCCCGUCGGCUGGCCAACAAACGCAUCGGGCAGAUCAAGAGCAAGAAAUUCCGCUGCUCCGCCAAGGAGCAGUACUUCAUCCCAGGUGCCGAGGACGCCCGGCUGAAUAACGCCUGCAACAGCGAUCCGGUGUGUCCUCCCAAGUGCCGCUGCGAGUCCAGCGUGGUGGACUGCUCCAACCUGAAGCUCACCAAGAUCCCUGAGCACAUCCCGUCAUCCACCACUGAGCUGCGCCUAAACAACAACGACAUCACCACUCUGGAGGCCACCGGAGUGUUCAAGAGCCUUACCCAGCUCAAGAAAAUCAACCUUAGCAACAACAAGAUCACAGAGGUCGAGGACGGCGCAUUCGAGGGGGCGUCGUCCGUCAACGAGCUUCACCUCACGGCCAAUCAGAUCGACACAGUCCGGAGUGAGAUGUUCCGUGGCCUGGAGGGCCUCCGCAUGCUAAUGCUUCGGAACAACAAGAUCAGUUGUAUCCACAACGACAGCUUCACGGGUCUGCACAACGUGCGUCUGCUGUCUCUCUACGACAACCAGUUGACCACCAUCACUCCUGGGGCCUUCGAUACCCUGCAGACGCUCUCAACCCUAAACCUUCUGGCCAACUCAUUCAACUGUGACUGCCGGCUGUCUUGGUUGGGAGACUGGCUGAGGAGCAGGAAGAUCGUUACGGGCAACCCUCGCUGCCAGCGCCCAGCCUUCCUUAAGGAGAUCCCCCUGCAGGAUGUGGCGCUGCCUGAUUUCCGUUGCGAGGAAGGCCAUGAGGAUUCAAGCUGCGUGCCCAGGCCUCAGUGCCCCAGCGAGUGCACUUGCCUGGAGACUGUGGUUCGCUGUAGCAACAAGCACCUCCACACGCUGCCCAAAGGAAUCCCCAGAAACGUGACAGAACUGUAUCUGGAUGGAAACCAGUUCAGCGUGCUACCAAAAGAGCUGUCCUCCUUUAAGUUCCUUCAGCUGGUGGAUCUGAGCAACAACAAGAUCAACUCUCUGACCAACACGUCUUUCGCCAACAUGAGCCAGCUUACCACUCUAAUCCUGAGCUACAACUCCUUGCGGUGCAUUCCUAAAAUGGCCUUCAGUGGACUGCACUCCCUCCGGCUAUUGUCUCUCCAUGGCAACGAAAUCUCCGAGCUUCCCGAUGGCAUCUUCGGCGACGUGGCUUCGCUCUCCCAUUUAGCAAUCGGCGCCAACCCGCUGUACUGCGACUGCCGCCUGCGCUGGCUGUCCGACUGGGUCAAGACCGGAUACAAAGAGCCCGGUAUCGCCCGGUGUGCUGGUCCACGUGGCCUGGAGGGCAAACUGCUGCUCACCACACCGGCAAAGAAGUUUGAAUGCACAGGUGAGGUGGACACGGCAGUGCUGGCCAAGUGUAACCCGUGUCUGUCCAGCCCAUGUCAGAACCAAGGUGUGUGCCAUAGUGACCCGGUGGAUAUCUACAGGUGCAACUGCGCUCCAGGGUUCAAGGGCAAGAACUGCGAGAUAACUCUGAACGCCUGCGUGAGCAACCCUUGUGCCAACGGAGGGCGAUGCCAAGUGCAGCAGGAGUUGGAGGAGGACGGGGGACAGUUCAGCUGCACGUGCCCGCCGGGGUUCGAGGGCGCCGUCUGCCAGACCAACAUCGACGACUGCGAAGACAACGACUGCGAAAACGGCGCCACUUGCGUGGACGGAGUCAACAACUACACUUGUUUUUGCCCCCCCUACUACACCGGGGAUAUGUGCGAGGAAAUGGAGGACGUGUGCGCCCCAGGACGAAGCCCCUGCCAACAUCAGUCUACCUGCCUCAUCACCUCCUCUGGGCCCAAGUGCGUGUGCGCUCCUGGUUAUGUGGGUGACGACUGCAGUGUGGACUACAACGACUGCCAGGAGCAUCGCUGUCAGAAUGGAGCCCGGUGCGUGGACGAGCUGAACGGGUACGCGUGCCGGUGUCAGCAAGGGUACAGCGGUCAUCUGUGCGAGAUUCCUCCUUCGCUGCUGUCCCUCUGCGAACUGGCCGACUGUCAGAACGACGCCCCCUGCGUGGAGCGGGCCGGUCGCGCCCUCUGCCAGUGUCCUCCGGAAUUCGGCGGCCCGCGCUGCGAGAAGCUGGUCAGCGUCAACUUUGUGGACAGAGACUCCUACCUGCUGCUCUCCGACCUCAAGAACUGGCCGCAGGCCAACAUCACCCUACAGGUAUCCACGGCGGAGGAUAACGGCAUCCUCUUGUACAACGGCGACAACGACCACAUCGCGGUGGAGCUGUACCAAGGUCACGUGAAGGUCAGCUACGACCCGGGCAGCCAGCCCGGCCACGCCAUCUACAGCGCCGAGACCAUCAACGACGGCCAGUUCCACACGGUGGAGCUCGUCACGUUGGACCAGAUGGUGAACCUGUCCAUCGACGGGGGUCUCCCCACUACCAUGGACAGUUUCGGGGCGGUGCGCCCCCUCAACGGGGAGGCUCCACUAUACGUGGGGGGGAUGCCCGUGAGCGUGCACCCGGGCGCUUUCCGCCUGUGGCAGAUCCAGAACAGCUCCAGUUUCCACGGCUGCAUCCAGAACCUGUACAUCAACAACGAGCUGCAGGACUUCACCAAGACGCAGAUGAAGCCCGGCGUGGUGCCGGGCUGCGAGCCCUGCAAGAAGAUCUACUGCGUGCACGGCAUCUGCCAGCCCGACGGCCUCCAGGGGCCCGUGUGCCACUGCCAGCCGGGGUGGGCCGGACCGCAGUGCGACCAGCUCGCCGGCAACCCCUGUCAAGGCAGCAAAUGUGUCCACGGCCGCUGCGUUCCGCUGGACACUCAGUCGUACCGCUGCGAGUGCAACGAGGGCUACCGCGGCGCGCUGUGCAACCAACAGGGAGAGCUGUUCAACCCCUGCCGCCGGCUGUCCUGCGUGCACGGCCGCUGCCAGAUCUCGGACACGGGAGACGCUUACUGUCACUGUGAAAGCGGCUACUCUGGGGAGCUCUGUGACGCAGAGUCGGCGUGCCGGGGCGAGCCCAUGCGGGACUUCUACCAGGUGCAGCGGGGCUACGCCAUCUGCCAGACGACGCGCACCGUGUCUUGGGUGGAGUGCGGCGGCGCCUGCGAGGCGGGCACCUGCUGCGCCAGCCAGCGGAUGAAGCGCCGGAAAUACACCUUCGAGUGCAGCGACGGCACCACCUUCACCGAGGAGGUGGAGAAGAGCAUCAAGUGUGGCUGCGUGGGUUGCGGCGUCUAAAACGCCGUGGAAAAAUAGAGAGAUUCUAAAGAAUAUAUAUAUAUAAAACCUCUAUCUAUAUAUUAAGGACUCCGACGCUUGUAAAAUAGGACGUGCUUUGUGAUGUCACAGAGUGUCAACUCAAAAGGCUCCAGAGAUUUUUUUUCUCCCCCCCCCCCCCCUCCACCCCCACAGACAGUGGUGAGGACAGUGGGGGAGGGGAACGACAGAAGAAGAGAGCUGGACCGUUGGCCGAGCCGAGUUUGUUUAUUUGUCAGUCAACCCACAAACGCCCACGCACACACAAACACACGAGAAGAAGACGUUUGAGCGGCACAUAGUCAAGUGACUUCAACUAUACGGUCAGUGUACAUGAGUUUCGGGGGGCUUGACUCGUCCACCCCACCCCCAGCAUGUAUUGCCCCCUCCCUCCAGCAGGGGGCCAUCUAGCGUCGAAUCCUCUUGACGGCCUGCAGUAUUAAAAACAAGAGGAGGAAAAGAUUGCAAAUUUACAAAAAAAACGAGGAAAACUUUUAAUUGACUGAUUUGAUGAUUGUUUCUGUUGUAUUAUCUUAUUUUCUCAUUUUUGUUUUAUUUUAUUUUCACCAUGUAACCUCCCACCCCCCCCCAAAAAACUCCCCGUUUAUAUAGAAAUGCCUAACAGAUUCUAAUAUAUAUAUACAUAUAUAUAUAUUUGUAUUUCUUUUUGUUUUUUUGGUAUAGUAUUUUUCUAUGUUUAGUGGAAGAUUUGGGCGUUGGCUUUAUUAUUAUUAUUAUUGUUAUUAUUAUUAUUUGUCCAACAUGUAAUGGCAAGUAGUAAUGGACCACACACACGCACAUGUGCAUCCCAAAAAAAUUUGAAUAUGGUGAGAAGUCAAUUUAGUCCAAAUCAAAAAGCGAAACUCUUCCACUCUUUGUUUUUGAACAACAUUUUUAGAAGACCAACUCUGACCUAAUUUCGAUGUUAAACACUUUUUUGGGAUUGUUUCUCUCGUAUCGGUCAGAAGGUGACUUCUGUUAUGAUCGUUGAAACGACAACACAUAAGCUGAUUUUCCAUUUUAGAAUUUUCUUACCAUAUUCCAAAGUAUUGCGAUGCACGUGUCCACAUUGUACAGGAGCCACUGCCAGUCUGCUCUACAACUCCGUCGUCGAAUAUUGUAUAUGUCGUCUUCCAUGUGAAUAUUACAUCCCGUUGGUGAGCGCCUCAGCUUGUUUUCACUCCUCUUUAUAUUUAUUUUUUUUUUUUUGUACGGUGAUGCAUAUAAGCGUGCAUUGCGUUUUUUUCCUGAAAUUUUCAAAAAUGUAAAAAAGUAGAAAAAGAUUAAAAAUGAAUUAAAAAAAAACGACGUUAAAAAAAUGAAGCUCCAACUUCAACAUGUAUCAUAAUAAGCUGCUGUCAGUCAUGAUUUGUGUUAGGGAAAAUAACACAAGCGUGCACCCGCUAUGACACAUAAUGAAAGGUCGGGACAUUUUGUAGCUGGUAUGAAAAAAAGAAAAAAGUAAGGUUUUAUUGAGGUGCCAAUUGCAGUGAGCACAUAGCUGAAUGUAUAAAUGUGUACAGAUAAUAAAUAUGCUUAUUCAUGAAGUGGUAACUUUUAGCUGUCUUUUAGUUUAGAAAGGAUCACAUACUGUUCUGGAAUUCGGAUUCUGGCCAUCACGCUCGGCGGACGUCCUCCCCAUCGGCCGUGGAAUGUGACUUUUAUUCUUCACGUCUCCUCGGUGUGCGAGUGCAACUCCCUGGUAGCCAUCUUAGUGGUGCUUGUGCUAUAUUGAGAUGUACUGUAACUCAACCAGUCUAAGACUCUCCAUCCUAUGAGCUAUGAUAUCCCUAACUAUGUUCAUGUAAACCACACAAAUGUUGUAAAAAGAUUUUUUGCUUCCGUGUCACACGACUUGAUGGUGGGACUGAACCGAAAUGAGUCCCAAGAUGAUGCUGAAUGUAUGUAGAGCCACCGACAAAAUGUUUACCAAAACUCCACUCUUUUCAUUCAUUAAAGUUCGA